AUGUCUGGUACCCCACCGGCAACGUCAGAGCACUUUUAUCUACCACCGCUUGCUAGGGCAGCACACGCUGGACACGUUAAAAGAUGUCUUCUAGGUCUUCCUGAUAGCCAGGUCGAUUUGGAUUCGGGAAGAAUGGCGAUCGCGUUUUAUUGCUUAGGAAGCUUGGAUCUACUCAAGAUGUUACAAGACAAGACAUCGCAGACAGAUCGAGAGUCCUGGAAAGAAUGGAUAUGGGAGCAGCAAACGCGCGGGAAGUAUGGAUCAGGCUUCAGGCCUAGUCCUUUCAUGGCAAGCUCGAUGCCUUCUGAGGGGACUAGAUAUACAGAUUAUGACACGCCUCAUAUUAUCAUGACAUAUACCGCGCUUCUCACCCUUGCAAUUCUCCGAGAUGAUUUUUCUCGGCUUGAAAAGCAGGGGAUCCUGUUACUACUGAAGGCAUGCCAGCGGAAAGACGGCAGUUUUUCGACAAUACCAGGAAGUGGAGAGACCGACCUCAGAACACUUUAUUGUGCCUUUGUGAUCAGUCAUCUAUUAAAUGACUGGUCUGGCGUAGACGUAAACCGUGCGCUGGCCUUCAUCGCAUCCUGUCGAUCAUACGAAGGUGGAUAUGGCCAAUCCCCGUACUGUGAGGCGAAUGGAGGGACGACGUACAUCGCCAUGGCGGCGAUACGUCUUGCGCCUUCAAAUUCUAAUUCCCUUAGCCUUUCCGAAAUACGCAAAACGAUAGAUUGGGCAGUACACAAGCAACACCGGUCGGGUGGGUUCUGUGGAAGGACCAAUAAAAUUGCCGAUGCGUGUUAUUGCUUUUGGAUAGGAGCAUCUUUGAAGAUCCUCGGCGCAGGAAAUCUGGUAGACUCUCGAUCCUUGGCCUUAUUCUUAGCCAGCUGUCAGUUUAAAUUCGGAGGCAUCGCUAAGGCUCCAGGGGAGCAUCCUGACCCUUAUCACACUUAUCUCUCCCUCGCAGCUCUUUCGAUGUUUCCUCCACCACAGUACGAUAACGAUGCCAAUAGCUCGACAUGGGCCUUUGAAUCACUCGACCCACUCAUCAAUGCCAGAGGGGAGACAGCGGAUUGGGCGAGAAGCCAUAUCGCGAUUCAAGGAUAG